AUGGAUUCUUCCGUUCCGUCAUACCAACAUCGGUCGCUUUCGAUCAAAUUAUGGCCGCCUAGCCAGAGUACUAGGUUGAUGUUGGUUGAACGGAUGACUAGAAACCUUACUACUCCGUCUAUUUUCUCUAGAAAAUAUGGACUUCUUAGUAAAGAAGAGGCUGGGGAGGAUGCUAAGGAGAUUGAGGAGGCGGCGUUUGUGACUGCGACCCAGCAUUUUGAAGAGGAGCCCGAUGGUGAUGGGAGUUCUGCUGUGCAGAUUUAUGCUAAGGAGUCUAGUAGGCUUAUGUUGGAAGUUUUGAAAAGAGGGCCGAGAGUGGAGGAUGGGGAAUUGGUAUCGGAGAAUGGUGAUGCUAGUGUUGAAACUGUUUUUGAUAUUUCUGGGGGUCGUAGGGCUUUUAUUGAGAAGGAGGAAGCCUCGGAACUUUUGAAACCAUUGAUGGGACCAAACUCGUUUACGAAGAUAUGUUUUAGUAAUAGGAGUUUUGGUUUGGAUGCUGCUCAUGUUGCUGAACCCAUUUUGAUAUCGAUUAAAGAUCAACUCAAAGAGGUGGAUCUUUCGGAUUUUAUUGCUGGGAGACCAGAAGCAGAAGCAAUUGAAGUGAUGAAUAUAUUUUCUUCUGCACUAGAAGGUUCUGUUUUGAGAUAUCUUAACCUGUCAAAUAAUGCCAUGGGCGAGAAAGGGGUUAGAGCAUUUCGGUCACUCUUAAAAUCACAGAAAGACUUGGAGGAGCUUUAUUUGAUGAAUGAUGGUAUAUCAGAGGAAGCUGCAAAAGCAGUUGCUGAAUUGAUUCCUUCCACUGAGAAGCUUAAGAUUCUUCAUUUCCAUAAUAACAUGACUGGAGACGAAGGAGCAUUUGCAAUAGCUGAGGUUGUGAAACGCUCCUUAGCUUUGGAAGAUUUUCGGUGUUCUUCUACAAGAGUAGGCUCUGAAGGUGGAGUUGCUGUUGCUGAAGCUCUUGGGGCAUGCACACACUUGAAGAAGCUUGAUUUGCGUGACAACAUGUUUGGUGUGGAAGCUGGACUUGCUCUAAGUAAAGUUAUACCUGUGUUUGUUGAUCUUACAGAGAUAUACCUCAGUUAUUUGAACUUAGAGGAUGAUGGUGCUGAAGCCCUUGCAAAUGCUCUGAAGGAAUCUGCACCAUCACUGGAAAUUUUGGAUAUGGCUGGGAAUGACAUUACUGCAAAAGCUGCUGUUUCUGUGGCUGCCUGUAUAUCUUCAAAGCAGUUCCUCACCAAGUUAAAUUUAUCUGAAAAUGAAUUGAAGGAUGAAGGUGCAGUUUUAAUCAUUAAGGCAUUGGAAGAAGGUCAUGGCCAAUUAAAUGAAGUUGAUCUUAGUACAAAUUUGAUCACAUGGCCGGGAGCUAAAGUGGUGGCUGAAGCUGUUGUUCAGAAACCUGGAUUUAAGUUGCUAAAUAUCAAUGCUAACUUCAUUUCUGAAGAAGGAAUUGAUGAGUUGAAGAAUAUAUUUAAAAACUCACCUGAUGUGCUGGGUCCUUUGGAUGAGAAUGAUCCUGAAGGAGAGGACAUUGAUGAAGAGGCUGAAGAAGGUUCUGAUGAGGAUGAAUUGGAAUCAAAACUGAAAGGCCUUGAGAUUUAA